AGACAAUAAUAUUGUUUCUUUGAACCCUUACGGCUCUCCAUUUUAAGUAAUGUUCUUCCUUCCGUCAGCUCCAGGUUCGAGUCACUUUCAAUCUCUCUGUCAUGUACAGCACUUCUCCUUUAUACCCGUGCAUAAAUUUACCUUUAUAAUAAUAAAAGGACGGAAUGCUAGGCAAUCAAAAAGAGCCCAAACAAGGCAUUCCUCUCCCAGAUGAUCUUUUCCUGUCAUUUUCCCCUGAUUUCCUAACUAACCCUCCAUCCUUCUUCAGGACAGCCAAUCUUGACCUGGAAACACCACAAACUCCUUCCCCUUCAAUAUGGGUUCUCCCCUAUAAGUGAUUUCUGGACAUUCCCCACGAUCAAUUUACAGAAGCAGCAGCAUAAGGAAGAGAGAUAGAAAAACCUUGCCCCCCCAAAAAAAUGGCAGCUGCUGGUUAUCAUGUGAGAUCAACCAGUUUACCUGCAAAGCCUCACCCUUUAUCAGCAGCUCUUCAGGACCAGCUCAACUUCCUGAAGGCGUCAGAAUCAUCUCCUUUAGCCACCAGACUGGGAAGCCUGAAGACGAUCUACGAGCUUCUCGACGACCUACUCCGAUCCCAAUCGACUCGACAGGCUCUCUUCUCCGAAAGGCAGAGCCAGGCAGUGGAACAAGCCCUGAAUGGAUCGCUCAGAAUGCUGGAACUAUGCAGCAACGUCAGAGACUUCCUGUCAAAGAUGAAGGAGAUCGUCCAGGAGCUCGCGUCUGCUCUCCGAAGGAGAAGGAAGCGCUGCUCCACGGUGGUUCUCCCCGCGGGAGAAUCAGCUGUUCGAGAUGCAGCGGAGGCUUAUCUGACUUCCAGAAAGAGGCUCACAAAACUCGUCAGGAAGUUCAUCAGGUUCAGUUUCCAGGAAAAGAAUGGAGGAAUUGCUCCUGAUGCUGCAGGAUCUGAUUCGUCGUCUGUUGUUACUAUGCUGAGAGGCGUCGAGGAGAUUAAUCUUGAAGUUUUUCAGGCCAUCCUAUGUUACAUAUCUCAGCAGGGGCGGUUGCAGCCGGUGUCAGGAUGGUCUAUGUGGAUAGUUGUACUGUUGCAGUCCAAACCUUGUGGUCACUCUGAGUGUCAGGAUGAUGGCAAUGAGAUGAAGAAGGUUGAUUCUGAGGUGCUGGCUUUCAGGAGUAGCAAAGAUUUGAGCUUUUCGCAAGCUCAGGUGGUUUUGAAAGGGUUGGAGAGAGUGGAAUCCAGUAUGAAGGAGAUUGAGGAAGAAAUGGAAUGCAUUUACAGGCGGCAGGUGAAAGCCAGAGUUUCCCUUCUCAAUUGCCUGUCUCGUUGCUGAUGGGUUAUUCUUCAGGUUGAUAAUUAAUUAUGAGUUUUUGGAAAGAUGCAAUGCUAAAUGAAAUCAAAAUAUUGAA